AGCAUUGCUGACAGAGAGUCAUGGCUCCGUUCGUUUGGUAUGACACCCUACACCACUAGACACGAAUACUUCACCGAGACGGACAAGGAGAACAUUGAAUCUCGAAAGACAGUCGACGACUUACCACCCUGCGAGAAGAUCCCUGGCAAGGUCACAGAAGACUUCAAGAACCACCUUGAUGCUCUCAAGCAGGACUGCUUGACAUCAGUCAAUUGGAGCGGUGCUCGCGGCCAAGUGCACCAUGCCAUUCAACAACACACCAUCGACAAGAUGAUCGUCCUCGGUUCCGCUAGCAUGUUCAACUUGACCAGCGACCAUCUCUUCUGGCAGUGGGAGAUGACGUUUAUCCUCGCCAUCUUCGAACUCGUCAAAGAACAGGCUCAGAAUCACAAAUGCAGCAGCGUUCCUAAACUUAUCUUUCAGGACCCUGCCUUUUGCACUGCUGAUCAUCGUUUGCUGCGCGGUCUUGGUGGCCAGGUUCUUGAAAAUCCAUUGGCGUUCAUGCGUAUCGAUAAACACACUCUGGUGUUUGCAAAGCAUAUUCCUCUGGUGGUGUACUUUACUGGCUUGUUGAUGACUUCGCCUGCCGUCUGUGUG